GUUUACAAUGGCAAUAGAAAAAAAAAAAAAAAAUUUAAAAAAAAAAGAGAACAAGGGAGUGUUGGAUCGAGAUCUUCUUAAUUUUCUUCUAUAAACAAAACAUGGGUUUUCUCCCUCUGCAAUCCCAAAACAGAUCACCUCCUCCUCUCUCUUCUCUAAACAAUGCCUGCAAAUCAACUCAAUCUCUUUCUUUCAUCCCCCAACAUCUUCUUCUCCUUCACCUUCUUCCUCUCCUUCAACUCUCUUCUCUUCCACUCUUGUUUCUCAAUUGAUGACCAGGGCCAAGCUCUUCUGGCUUGGAAGAACCGUUUGAACAGUUCCAGUGAUGUUUUGGUUUCAUGGACUCCUGCAGACAACUCUCCCUGCAACUGGUAUGGGAUACAUUGCAAUGAAAAUGGCAAAGUGGUGGGGAUAAGCUUGAAAGGAGUUGGUUUACAGGGUUCGUUGCCUUCAAAUUUUCAGCCUCUUAGGUUCUUGAACACUCUUGUUCUCUCAUCAGCCAAUCUCUCUGGCGUAAUCCCGAAAGAAUUCGGGGAGUAUCAUGAACUGAAUUUCCUUGAUCUUAGUGAUAAUUCUAUCUCAGGUGUAAUCCCAGCUGAAAUCUGCAGCCUAAGGAAGCUGCAGAGUUUGUCUCUCAACACAAAUUUUCUUGAAGGUGAGAUUCCGGGAGAGAUAGGAAAUCUGUCCAGUCUUGUUUCUGUGACUCUUUUCGACAAUCAGCUGAGUGGAGAAAUCCCAAAGAGCAUUGGAGAAUUGAGGAAGCUUGAAGUUUUCCGAGCUGGCGGGAACAAGAAUCUUAAAGGUGAGCUGCCAUGGGAGAUUGGGAAUUGCACCAGCCUUGUUGUUUUAGGCCUGGCUGAAACAAGCAUUACGGGCAGGCUUCCCUCGUCGAUUGGAAUGCUGAAAAAGAUUCACACAAUAGCUAUUUAUACUUCACUUCUAUCAGGUUCUAUCCCAGAAGAGAUUGGAAACUGCAAAGAGUUGCAGAACCUAUACUUGUAUCAGAAUUCAAUUUCGGGUCCAAUCCCGCGAACAGUUGGGGAGCUCAGCAAGCUUCAGAGUCUUCUAUUAUGGCAGAAUAGCUUAGUUGGUACAAUCCCAGAUGAGCUUGGAAGUUGCAGAGAGCUCACAGUUAUUGAUUUAUCAGAUAAUCUUCUUACAGGCAGCAUACCAAGAAGUUUCGGAAACCUGUUGAAUCUUCAGGAGCUUCAACUGAGUCUUAAUCAGUUGUCAGGCACUGUACCUUAUGAAAUCUCGAAUUGCACGUCGCUGACCCAUCUGGAGUUCGACAACAAUGACAUCUCCGGUGAGAUUCCUUCACUUAUUGGCAAUCUAAAGAGCCUGACUCUAUUCUUUGCCUGGCAGAAUAGGCUAACAGGCAGUAUUCCAAGCAGUCUUGCUCAGUGCCAGGAACUUCAGGCACUUGAUUUAUCAUACAAUAACCUGUCUGGUUCAAUACCGAAAGAGAUUUUCGGGUUGAGAAAUCUCUCAAAGUUGCUGUUAAUUUCCAAUGAUUUGUCUGGCUUUAUACCUCCUGACAUAGGAAAUAGUAAAAAUUUAUACAGGUUAAGGCUGAAUGGGAAUAGGCUAUCAGGAACUAUUCCAUCAGAGAUUGGAAACUUGAAAAUCUUGAAUUUUCUAGACUUGAACAGCAAUCACCUUGUUGGAAGCAUUCCUAAAUCGUUAUCUGGAUGUGAGAGCCUCGAGUUUCUCGAUCUUCACUCUAAUGGACUUUCUAAUCCUUUCCCAGAUUCUCUUCCCAGAAGCCUACAAUUCAUUGAUGUUUCUGAUAAUAGAAUCACCGGUCCCCUGACUUCAAGUAUUGGAUCAUUAACUGAAUUAACGAAGCUCAAUUUGGCAAAGAAUCAUAUUUCCGGAGAAAUUCCAGCAAAGAUUUUGUCCUGUAGCAAACUACAGCUGCUAAAUCUCGGAGAUAAUGUUUUCUCAGGUAAAAUCCCGGACGAAAUAGGCCAACUUCCAGCAUUAGCAAUCUCUCUUAAUCUCAGCUGUAACAAAUUUUCCGGAGAGAUUCCAUCCCAGUUCUCCAGCCUUACGAAAUUAGGAGAACUUGAUCUGUCACACAACAACCUUACUGGUAACUUAAAUGUUCUUGCAAACCUGCAAAACCUUGUCUCUCUUAAUGUCUCCUUCAAUGAUUUCUCCGGCGAAUUGCCUAACACUCCAUUCUUCCAACAACUCCCUCUUAGUGACCUUGCAUCAAAUCAGGGUCUAUACAUCUCCAACGGACUCGUAGCUCGAGCUGUAGGACCUGCAGGCCAUCGUAGAUCAGCAAUGAAGCUGGCCAUGUCGAUUCUUGUCAGCAUCAGCACUGUCCUUGUACUACUUGCAAUCUACAUGUUAGUUCAAGCAAGAAUGGCAAACAACAGACUAAUGGAAGAAGAUACAUGGGAAGUGACUUUGUAUCAGAAGCUCGAUUUCUCCAUCGAAGACAUUGUUCGAAAUCUAACAUCAGCGAAUGUGAUUGGCACCGGAAGCUCUGGUGUUGUGUAUCGAGUGACAGUUCAAAAUGGCCAAACAUUGGCAGUGAAAAAAAUGUGGUCAGCAGAGGAAUCAGGGGCCUUUAGCUCUGAAAUUCAGACACUAGGUUCAAUCAGGCAUAGGAAUAUUGUGCGGCUUCUGGGUUGGGGAUCAAACCGGAACCUGAAGCUGCUGUUCUACGAUUACCUCCCAAACGGGAGCUUGAGUUCACUUCUCCAUGGAGCAGCAAAAGGAGGAACAGAUUGGGAAGCUAGAUAUGAUAUUAUUCUGGGUGUUGCACAUGCACUAGCCUAUUUGCACCAUGACUGUGUUCCUGCAAUUUUACAUGGUGAUGUUAAAGCCAUGAAUGUUUUGCUAGGUCCUGGUUAUGAGCCUUAUCUAGCUGAUUUUGGAUUAGCCAGAGUUGUCAAUAGCAAUGGAGAUGAUGAUUGUUCCAAACCAUGUCAAAGGCCUCAUUUAGCUGGGUCUUAUGGCUACAUGGCUCCAGAACAUGCAUCAAUGCAACAUAUCACAGAGAAAAGUGAUGUAUACAGUUUUGGUGUGGUGCUUCUAGAGGUUUUAACAGGGAGGCAUCCACUAGACCCAACUUUGCCUGGUGGUGCACACUUGGUGCAGUGGGUGCGGGACCAUUUAGCCAGCAAGAAGGACCCAGUUGACAUUCUUGAUCAUAAGAUUCGAGGGAGAGCUGAGCCUGCAAUGCAUGAAAUAUUGCAGACAUUGGCUGUGUCUUUUCUCUGUGUCAGCACCAGACCCGAUGAUCGGCCAAUGAUGAAGGAUGUUGUCGCCAUGCUCAAGGAAAUUAGACCUGUUGAGAUGGUGAGGCAGGAAGGUGAAAUCUCAAAGGGAGAUUGGUCAGCUCAGGGAUCGUUGCAGCCAUCACCUCCGUCUCCGCAGAGUAGGAUUGUUGUUUCACAAGGAUCAUCUAACUGCUCAUUUGUAUUCUCUGAUGAUUCAAUGUAGUCAUGGCUCACGAAAUCGAGUGUGUCACCGUCUCUGUUUUUGUGAAUAUUAACAUAGAAGAUUCCAAUUCAACAAGGCUGGGGAAAUGGGUUUAAUUA